AAACGCCCCAGGUGCUUGGUGGCUACGCCAAUCAUCAAUUGAUACCUUCAAAUAUUCCUUAUAUGCGCAUAUCUGCAACGCUUACGGAUUUUAUGAUGUCUGUCUCUCUUCUCGCCGGUGGGAUGAGGAUGCCAAGAAUCAUCUCAGGCCCUGUUCAAAACUACCUAUCUCUGUAAGCGCUUUGGGUCAGUACCCUCCUUUUCUCUCUCAUGACAACAUCAUCUUUUUGGGCAAGAAUUUCAUAUCCAUACUCUACAAGUGCAUGCUGGAGCAUUUCUGAAUUGGAGUUUUGAAAUAUCAGUUGAGCUAUAGAAUGGCCGCAUAAUCUCUGUUGAAAGUCCUUGUUUGGUAUUCAAAAUGUCUGCAGCAAAGCCUCUAAAGAAGUUAGUCUCUGGUGUUAUCCUUGAUUUGGAUGGCACCCUUCUUAACACAGAUGGCAUUGUGAGUGAAGUCUUAAAAGUUUUCUUGGUUAAGUAUGAAAAGCAAUGGAAUGGGAAAGUGGCUCAUAAGUUAGUUGGAAAGACACCUUUUGAAGCUGCAGCUGUUAUUGUGGAAGACUAUGGGCUCCCUUGCACAACUGAAGAACUUAUGUCAGAAAUUACCCCGAUGUUCUCCAAUCAGUGGUGCAAUAUUAAGGCUCUUCCAGGUGCCAAUCGAUUAAUUAAACAUUUGCAUGGUCAUCGUGUGCCAAUAGCAUUGGCUUCAAACUCUCCAAGGGCAUCCAUAGAAUCAAAAAUAUCUUGCCAUCAGGGUUGGAAAGAAUCCUUCUCUGUUAUAAUUGGAGGUGAUGAAGUCAGAAUGGGGAAGCCAUCUCCUGAAAUAUUUCUUGAAGCAUCAAAAAGGCUAAGCGUCAAACCUUCCAACUGCCUCGUCAUUGAAGAUUCACUACCUGGUGUCAUGGCUGGUAAGGCUGCUGGAAUGGAAGUGGUUGCUGUACCUUCCAUUCCAAAACAAUCCCAUAUUUUCAAUUCGGCAGAUGAGGUGAUCAACUCUCUACUUGAUUUGCGACCAGAACAGUGGGGCUUACCUUCAUUCCAAGAUUGGGUCGAGGAUACCUUACCAGUAGAGCCUUGGUAUAUAGGUGGGCCUGUCAUUAAGGGAUUUGGUCGUGGGUCAAAGGUACUUGGAAUCCCAACAGCUAAUUUAUCCACCGAGGGCUAUUCAACUCUUCUUUCUGAACAAUCCUCGGGAGUAUAUUUCGGUUGGGCUGGAUUAUCAAAACAGGGUGUCUACAAGAUGGUGAUGAGCAUUGGCUGGAAUCCAUAUUUCAACAACACCGAGAAAACAAUAGAGCCAUGGCUGCUUCAUGAAUUUGAUGAGGAUUUCUAUGGCGAGGAAUUACAUCUUGUCAUUGUUGGCUAUAUACGACCUGAGGCCAAUUUUUCAUCCCUUGAGAGCCUGAUAGCAAAGAUUCAUGAGGAUAGGAGAAUUGCAGAAAGAGCUCUUGAUCUUCCCUUGUACUCAAACUUCAAGGAUGACCCCUACUUGAAAAUCCCCUUGCAUGGGGUCGAAAAUCAUUCUUAAACUGAGAGAUAUCAGUUGAAAGGAAAAUGAUUGUGACCCUAAUAUUCUCUUAUUUUGAUGAGACUUGAUGCUAAAAUACCAUGAGAACACAAUGGAGGGCAAAUAAAUGUUGGAAGAGAUCCAGUAUUUAUAUUCGCAUUUAGAAGUGAAGGAGAUAUCAAACCACUAUCAAGUUUGUCUAUAUAUGGUGGAAGAGACACCACACGUUUGCAAAGAGUUUCAUUAGCGUUUC